UACGGUAUAAAAAGACGCAGAGUGACUCAGGAACCUGCCCAACGGGUAGCCUUUGGUUAACUGUUAGGCGGAAAGGAGGGGGACAUUUGGCACCAGCGCUCCUUUGUACGUAAAGACGCCUGAUGCUCGGAGAGACGCAGAUUCGGGCUCACCGCGCGCAAACGCCCGCAUCUUUAGGUCGGCUCUGCUUUCUGUAGGUGAAUGAAAGUUUCCUAGGAGGGGGACGGCAGAAGAGAUGAUAUCUGACCAGGAUGAGUCGGAUAGGUGAACUUAAAUUAGCAAAAGUACGCGUCAACAACUUUUAAAUCAGCGCGAAAUGGGCAUGCUUAGUGUGGACCGCCUGGUAACUUUGCAGAUCUUGCCUGGUUUCUUCUCCAACUGCCUGUUUUUCGUGCUGUAUGAUUCGAUAGUGCUGGUAAAGCGUGUGGUGUCACUCCUGAGCUGUUCGGGCUCCACGGGUGAGUGGCAGCGCAUGUUAACCACAGCCGGCGUGCGCUCCAUAUGGAACAGCUUUCUGCUGGAUGCCUACAAACAGGUGAAGCUGGGUGAAGCUGCUCCAAACUCCAAGGUGGUGAAGGUCCCUGGCAUCAACAGACACUGGAGCGUCAGCGGUAAGACUCAUAACGAGUGUCAUCUGCUGGACUUCGAGUCUCCCAACCGCCCAUUAGUGGUCAACUUUGGCUCCGCCACUUGACCCCCCUUUAUAAGCCAGCUGCCGAUUUUCCGGCGGAUGGUGGAGGAAUUUUCAGACGUGGCAGACUUCCUGCUUGUCUACAUCGAUGAGGCUCACCCCUCAGAUGGCUGGGCGGCUCCUCCCAUGGAGAAUUUUUCGUUUGAAGUGAGGAAACACCGUAAUCUGGAGGAGAGGAUGUUUGCCGCUCAGAAACUUCUGGAGCAUUUCUCUUUGCCUCCUCAGUGCCAAUUGGUGGCAGAUUGCAUGGACAAUAAUGCCAACGUAGCCUACGGUGUGGCCUACGAGCGGGUUUGCAUCGUACAGAAGAAUACAAUCGCUUAUCUUGGGGGAAAGGGUCCAUUUUUCUACAACCUUAAAGAUGUUCGGCAUUGGCUCGAGAAAAGCUACGGGCAGCGAUAAUUUCUUGGAAAAAGAGGUCAAAUAGCCUGUUCUGUGAAUGCUAUAAGAUUUUAUUUUUGUAUAAUGGAGAGAAAUUGAGGGUUAGGUGCUUUUCAAACUGUUUAACGGUGGCUCUGGUGGAAACACUUGGGCUGGGCUCCAAGUCAUUUUCUUGAAUUGUCUAAAAUGAGCAGCAGGUGUCCUACAUUUCGAACCCCUUUUUUAAAAAAAAAUAAAAGAAUAAAAAAAAAGAACGAAAUGAUUAUAGACUCUAGAUACUGACUGUGUGGUUUGCACUUAAAUUUUAGCAAAACGAUUUGUCGAUGCACUAUUAGUAACUUGUUCCUUUGCAAUUAUUGUAGAGUUAAAGUGUGCAAUAUUUUUAUGCGACAUCACAUAUAUUGCUUACAAAAGAAAACCAAAUUGCUGAACAGAAGAGAAAGCACAAGUACCCAGCUUUUAUAUGAAAAGAGAAUAAUUUAUUUUUUAUUGACAUUCAAUGUUUAUUUUUAAUACAUGGCCUGUUUAUGUGCUAGUAAUGCUUUCCCUUCCCCUCUUCAAGUGACAAUCGUUCAUACUCCAUGUAACAUCAGCUUUUACACCCCUGAUACACUGUUCAGUUCAUUUGCACCAGUAAUAAACGCAUUCCCAGCAUCCCAUUUCAAAAACUACUAAUGCUAGUCAUUUGGCCCGUAUUGUACUUAAAGAUCGCAACAACCCGGAAAAAUGAAUGGCCUCAGCCACCGGACUUGGCUUCACUGCAGUGUACAGGAAAGCUGAUGAAAAGUUCCUUUAGUCCUGAAUGUUAGAGAAAAGUCGUCGACAUUAACUCUUGACGGAUCGGCAGUCGCUCAUUUGGGUCAAUACGGCACUGGUGUGCACAUGAAAAUCACAGACGAAAUGGUCCCUUGUCCUGUCUGUGGUUGGAUGAGAAACCACACCUCUCUGUCCUGAUCCAAAUGAGCACGACUGCUAACAUGCUGAAACAAUCACUCUGAAUCUGAAUCACUCUGAAGGCUUUGAUUUUUUUUUUUUUUCACAGAACUGUUCUUAUGUACUACAACCAUCCUCUUCCUUUUAAUGAAAAAAAAAGGCAAGAAAAAAAUAAAGUUGAACUGCUGCUGACUAUUA